AACGGCGUAUACGGCGUCUUGGACGGUGGGCCAACCGCGACUCGGCGGGAUUGAGAACUUGGGUCUGGGCGAUGGGAACAAAGCGACGCGGGUUCUAAAUGUACUGCAAAAGGUAUUUCUCGCGAGUGUCGGGCCGUAUAAUGCGGAUACUGAGGAUACUCGGCCUUGGUUUUCACGCAUGGAUCGCGCUGCAUGUGUUUUCAGGGUUUCUUUACCCCAAGCGCCGUCCUGGGGAUUAUUGAGGUUCCGAUCGGCGCUCUAUUACCGAGGCCACGUCCCGGGCCCCCGCAUCCGACAUCCGCUCGAAGGCCGGCAAGAGUGGGGACGGCAUUGGGCAUGGAGGCGUACUUCCAUACUGGCACACAAUCUCUUGCCGGACCGAGGAUCUUACCUCCCUGGUGAUCACCGCACACUCCCCAGGCUCCAUCGCCCAUCCGCAUUGUCUGUCUUGCGGAACCAACUUUGUCUGUUUGCUCAUCUAAGUCAUCCAUCCUACUCACCCAAGCCCCUCCCUCUCCCAGAUCCCAGUCCCAACCUCAUCCACCUCAAUUCCACAACCCUACCACCACCAACAACAAACGAACCCCGCACGAUGCGCCUGCCCUACGUGCCGGACCCGCCGCCGACGAGCACGCCGGAGGAGGCGGCGAUCGUGGAGCGCAUCCGGGCGCGGCGGGCGCCGCGGCCGCUGCAGCCGCUGGACCUGGCGCUGCUGCACGCGCCGGCGGUGGCGGACGGGUGGAACGCGUUCCUGGGCGCGGUGCGCACGCGCACGUCGCUGGCCGACGACGUGCGCGAGAUCGUCAUCGCCCGCGUCGCCGUCGCCAACCAGGCCUGGUACGAGUGGAUGCACCACGCGCCGCUGGCCGAGCGCGGCGGCGUCAGCCGCAAGGGCAUGGACGAGGUCGUCCGCCGCGAGGGGGAGCUGCGCCUGUUCGAGGAGGAUGGGACGCUGAAGCCGGCGCCGGAGGGCCUGACGGAGAAGCAGUGGGUGGUGGUCUGCUAUGCGGACGAGAUGACGAGGAACGUGCAGGUGCGGGAGGAGACGUUCGCGCGGUUGAGGGAGCUGUUUGACGAGAAGGAGGUGGUGGAGAUCACGGCGACGGUUGCUUGCUACAACUGCGUCAGCCGCUUCUUGGUGGCCCUGGAUGUGGGCGAGAAGAACGGACUGGGGCCGGAUGCGGUGCAUUAAGCUAUCAUUACGGUUUCUCGUAGAUCCUCUCUGAAGGCUGGAGAUCCAAUACAUGUGGCCGCCCCGGCCGGUUCCAAGGAAGCGCCAAAAUGCCGGGUGUCCGAACCACUGAAUCGACGAGUAUGAAGGAGGUAGCGUGGGAAAUGAAAUGCGAGAAAAUCAAUUAGACAGCAACAACUAAGAGAAAUACAAGGAAUAUGGCAGGCGAGACAGGGCUGGUUGUAUGUGAAGUGAAUAUGUAACUGCUUGGAAU